AAAUGAUCCAAUUACUCACAGAAUUACCCAUAAUGGCGCUGUCGGGUGGCCUGAACUAGCACAGAAGAGUACCAAAGCCAACCAUUCAGCGGAGAGACUGCUCAGACAUACGACGGACGUACCGCGUUCUGUCAUUUAAAAUUGUGCCCGCCCCAGGUCCCCAAGUCUGCCCAGUCCAGCCAGUGAAGGCCCAGGUCCAGUCCCCAGGUUCAGGGCUCAAGGGCCUGCCAGGCCAGCCGCAACAGCAGAGCCCCAUCUUGGACCCCCUGUCCUCAGCCGACCUACCACAUGUUACAGAUAACCAAGGGCCGAAUAUUUACCACCUUUUACCCCAUCCCGCAUCUUCCCCAUGCCAAUGCCAUGCUCCUGCCGGCCCUCGAGUUUGAACCCUUCUAACCUUCCCGGGACCCCAGCCCCGGCGAGUCCUCACUCAGGCCCUUCCCAAGGAAAGUUCUCUUCCAUUCUCUCCCACUCACUUCCUUCCUACCUAAUUCAAGCAUCAAUUCGCGGCGUAGUUGGCACUGUACUGUACUGUGCUGUGCUGUACUUCCCAUUUUUCGUGUUGUAGCGUCCCCCGUCUCCUCUAAAACGGACUGCUUCUCAAACCCCGUAACAUGGUGUCAACAAGUGGAGGCAUACUCCAUACUCACUAGGAAGGAGCAGGACCAUGAAGACCUAGUAGCCCGGGCAGGUUAGCAAUGUACUGUACAUGGACAGAUAGGGCUCCAGCUCCCAGGAAUAACUUAGUAAAUACAUUCAAUCCCCCGGA